AUGGAAAUAUUUUUAAAUUAUUUAUUCAUUUUAUUUGCAAUAACUUUUACACUCGCAAAUAACCAGAAUAUUGAGGAAACUGAAAACACAACUGAGAAUGUUUCAGUAGCUCCAGCCGGGGUGAAGACUAGAAAAAUUUAUAAAUUGGGUCGUGAUCCAAAAGAACUAAAGGCAGAAGUGGAUCCUCUUUCUACUGAGGUUCCUUGGAAAAAAGUCAAUCUCUCAGAUGUCAGUAACGAUACAUUAAACACCGAUGGAUUUAUAAAUGUUGCUUGUUAUACUGAACUUAAAGCUGCGCCAGAAAAAUUGUACAACAAAGCCUUUCGUUUUGAUGUUCAAAAGGUUUUUGAGAAAACUAAUAAGCAUUGUACGUUUGUUUAUGUAAAGCAGGCACUGGUUUACAUGACCAGUGCCGGAUUUCAGAGAUAUAACUCGGAAACCAUGACACUGACAUUCUUCAAGAUGUCCUUAAAACCCCCUAUUACCUCUUAA